AUGGAGUUCUUUAAUAAUAACAACCCCCGCGAGGACGCCGUCUUCACCUCGAAGGUCAAGUGGGUGCUGCUGCGAGGGGACAACGGGGUGCGGGCGCUGCGAGAGUUCUACGCGCGCGAUGCCGCCGCCCGCCAGGCCGGCCGGGAGGGGCUGAAUUACGACGACUUCGCUGCCUUCCUCGCCGACGGCGGGGUGCGGCUGAGCGCUUUUGAGCUGGACUACCUCUGCCGAUCCUUCGACGACGGCAAAAACGGCCUCAUCGCCCCCGCGCGGUUUGUUGGGCAUUUGACCGGGAUGAACUACCGCCGGGCGAGGGCGGUGGAGCGGGCCUGGGAGGGGCUCGCCAAGGACGAAAGCGGCCACGUGCGGUGUGCGAAUUUGGUGGAAACCCUCCGGCGCGUUCAGGAAAAGCGCUGGGACGAAAGCAGCGGGGCGGGAUCGAAUGCGGGGCCAAACCCCAUGGCGGCCUCCUAUGAUAGCACCUUUCUCGGUACGGCAACCUCCACAUCGAGGGGGAGUGGGGCGGGGGGGGGGAAGGAUCAUUUUGCGCGUAGUUUCGGGGGUGUAAUUGCGAUGGAUGGCGCGUCGACCGAGCGCAAUCAGGGCCUGAUCGAUUCACUUAGUAAGGGGGAGUUUGUGGGCUUCUACUCCGGCAUUUCGCAGUGCAUCCACACGGACGAGACCUUCGAAGUGGCCGUUCUGCAGGAUUGGGAGGCCGAUGACGCGUGUCGGCCGACGUUAAACGAGACCGCGCGUGAUUGGGGUGAUGGGGGGGAUCCCUUGGCCGAUCACGGCCCGCGUUAUGUCCGAGAUGCGCUCAACAUGACUCUCGGGAUCCCCACCGCGUCGUAUAAUUAUUCGCCGAUGAAGCGUAUACACCCGUAUGUCGAGCCCUUGCCUCCCCUCAACCGAGAGGAUCUCAUGCGGACGACGUGCAAUCUGAACUAUGGGUUCUACACAAAAAAUGAAUACCGGUCUGCCGAUCCCCUGGCAACCCGACGCGGACAAUCCAUGUAG